CGGAGGCUGGCGCGCCCUGAUGACGUCAUACCGUCCCUGGCCGCCAGCACAGGCGCGAGCAGCUGUGACGUUCACACGAUUGAGGUGUCUCAGAUGCAGAAAUGAGUACAAUCCAUUCCGAGGAAAAUAUCUUGGAUUCGCUGCUGCCUGAUUUUCCCAAUGGUCCAUUGGAUUUAUAUCGGAAGAAAGCUUCCUUUAAUUGGAAGGAACUUGCCCUGUUUUGGGAUGGGAAGGAGAUUAUAAACAUCAAGAAACAUGUAUUUAAAACCAUGGAAAAUGAUCCAGUCUUUGCUCGCCAGCCUGGGGAAGACCUAACCCUGGAAAAGCAGCGGGAGCUGACUUUCCUUCGCUGCAGACGACUGUUUGAAUAUGACAUCUUAACAUUGGAAGAAGCUAUGCAGAACCCUCUUCAGGCUGUAGCAAUAAGUGACUGUUUCGGCAUGUAUGAUUGGUCUCUAUCUGUUAAGUACUUUCUUAAUAGACAGACAUUUAGUGGAACUGUUAUCGUUUCUGGAUCUAGUCGGCAUCUGGACUAUAUAAAGAAAAUAAACAACAUGGAGAUCUUUGGAUGUUUUGCUUUGACUGAAUUAAGCCAUGGCAGCAACGCUAGGGCUAUGAGAACAACAGCAAAAUAUGAUCCCACCACUCAGGAAUUUAUCAUCACUUCUCCUGACUUUGAAGCAGCCAAGUUUUGGGUUGGAAACCUUGGGAAAACUGCCACACAUGCUGUGGUGUUUGCACAACUCUAUACCCCUGGUGGAGAAUGUCAUGGGCUCCAUUCUUUUAUUGUGCAGAUCCGAGAUCCCAAAACUCUACUCCCAAUGCCAGGAGUAAUGGUUGGAGAUAUGGGGAAGAAACUGGGACAGAAUGGCCUGGACAAUGGGUUUGUUAUGUUCCAUGAUGUUAGAAUACCUCGGGAAAACCUGCUAAAUAGAACUGGAGAUGUCACACCUGAAGGAAUUUAUGUAUCUCCGUUCAAGGAUUCUAAUCAGCGAUUUGGUGCAUCUCUUGGAGCACUGUCUGCUGGCAGAGUGACGAUCGCUGGCAUAGCAGUUGUCAAUCUUAAGCUUUGCCUGUCAAUUGCUAUUCGAUAUUCAGCAGUACGGCGUCAGUUUGGACCUACAGACAAUGAAGAAAUACCAGUGCUUGAAUAUCAAAUGCAGCAAUGGCGCCUUAUUCCCUAUUUGGCUGCCACCUUUGCACUAGAUCACUUUUCCAAGACAUUCUUUCUCAGCUAUGCUGAGUUUCAAAUGGGACUAAUGAUGAAGGACAAGAGUGAGAGACAGAAAGAACUUGGUAGAGAAAUACAUGCUGUUUCCAGCGCAAGCAAACCUCUUGUUUCGUGGACUGCUCAACAAGGCAUUCAAGAGUGCCGUGAAGCUUGUGGUGGUCAUGGCUUCCUUGCCAUGAAUCGCAUUGGGGACAUAAGAAAUGACAAUGAUCCAAACUGCACUUAUGAAGGUGACAACAAUGUCCUUCUACAGCAGACUAGCAAUUACCUGCUCGGUUGGGUGAAAAUAAAGCACCAAGACCAGGGUACAGUCAAGUCUCCAUUGCAUUCGAUUGAUUUUCUUGAAGACUUCAAUUCCAUUCUUAAUCAAAAAUUCAUUUCAACCAAUGAUGAUGGCAUGGACGCCUCAGUUGCUUUGGCUGCGUACAAAUGGCUAGUUUGUUACCUGUUGAGAGAAAGCCACAUGAAAUUUGAUCAGGAGAAGAAAUCGGGAAAAUCAGAUUUUGAGUCCAGAAACAACAGUCAGGUAUAUUAUUGCAGAUCCCUGGCAAUUGCAUUUAUCGAGUACAAUGUAUUUCAACGAUUCCAUGACUUUACUCAUAAUUGUAGCACACCGACCUCCCUGCAGCCUGUGUUAAAACGACUCAGUGCUCUGUAUGGACUCUGGGCUCUUAGCAAACAUACAGCUGUGCUGUACCAAGGGGGAUAUUUCCAUGGUGAACAACCUGCUAAAAGUUUGCAAAAUGCUAUUCUAAACCUCUGUGCACAGUUGAAGAAUGAUGCAGUGGCUUUGGUGGAUGUCAUUGCUCCUCCUGACUUUAUUUUGAAUUCACCUAUUGGAAAAGCUGAUGGCGAGAUACAUAAAAACCUGUGGACAGCAGUUCUUCAGGGAAAGUCGGUACUUGAGAGACCAUCGUGGUGGGCAGAAUUUUGUGUCAACAAACCUUCUGUCAAUAGCCUGAGGUCAAAACUCUGAUUCAGCCACCUUCUGAAAGCACGUAAAUACACCUGGAGUUAUGACCAAUCUCUGAACCAUAUCAUCUGUGACUUUCAGUUAAUGCUGCGUAGAAUUAUUCUCAAACAAAUUGUCAUUCCUUUGCAAGAAUUUACAUGAAGAGUUUAUGUUCAAACAAUGAAUGAUUUGAGUGAAACUGAAUUGAAAACAUGCAAUUUUCAGUACAUGACAGGGAAUCAAUAAAUCAUCCUUCAGAGGAGUAAUUGCAAGGUUUCUGCUAUGUUUGAAUAUGCCAUCGAAUUUGCUAUUCUGGUAAAGUGCCAAGGCAACAGUUAAACAGGUAGUGGCUCAAAUGGGAGCAGAACUGUGAAUGUACUAAUGAUGUUUGCUGUUGAACUUCACUCAGUGAAUUGAGUGUAAGGUGAGUUGAAGUAGCCUUAUUCCUUGAGAUGCAUUGACAUAUCUUAAAUUCUUAUACAGCAUUGCUUGUCGUUCAUUGUUACCCAUAUUCCACUGUUUGUGAAUCAUAAGAAAGAAUGAUGUGAAUUUGAAAAUGAAAAGUUAAAAUAAAUUUGCUGAAAUAUGUAUUUGCUCAUGAAUGUUUGUCUUUAGAUUUGCUCCUUGUUCAAAGUAAUUUGAUUAAAAA